CUAUACCCACACGCACGCCCACACCAUCACUUAUCUGUUUCUCUCUCUACAUCCACUUUCUCUCUCUACAACCUCCUUCACCAUGUCCGACGAGGAGCACCAGUUUGAGUCCAAGGCCGAUGCCGGAGCUUCCAAGACGUAUCCGCAGCAAGCCGGAACUAUCCGUAAAGGCGGUUACAUCGUCAUCAAAGGCCGCGCUUGCAAGGUUGUGGAGGUCUCAACUUCCAAGACCGGAAAGCACGGUCAUGCUAAGUGUCACUUUGUUGCUAUUGACAUCUUCAAUGGGAAGAAGCUCGAAGAUAUUGUUCCAUCCUCCCACAAUUGUGAUGUCCCUCAUGUCACCCGUACUGAUUAUCAGCUUAUUGAUAUAUCUGAGGAUGGCUUUGUGAGUUUGCUCACAGACAGUGGUAAUACAAAGGACGACCUGAAGCUUCCAACUGAUGAGGCUCUUCUUGCUCAGAUCAAGGAUGGAUUUAAUGAGGGCAAGGACCUGGUCGUGUCUGUCAUGUCAGCCAUGGGAGAGGAGCAGAUCAAUGCCCUCAAGGAUAUUGGUCCCAAGUAACCCGCUUUAGUGUGAGGGUGCCCUUAUGCCACCAUUUUCAUGAAGUUUAACACCGGAAUCAUGGUGGUCAUGAGCCAUCCCAUAUCUAGAGAUUCCAAAUGCUUUCCUGUUAUUAAGCUUUGGUUAAUUUAUAUUUUUGUUCGCUUGAAUGAUCUGUUUGAAUGAUGACUUUAAUAUGAAUGGUCUACUAGUAUGCUGGAAGUAUGUUUAUACUCUCUUUAUAAACCUUUACCUUUUGAUUACA